CAUGCCAUCUAUUUGUGAAACGAUUGUUAAGAUAUUUGACAACUUAAUUCGACAGAACGUGGCAAAGUAAUCUUAAAAAACAUGGCUGAUAAGUAUAAUCAUACGAUUACAUUUUUUUAAGUAAUUGUUAUUUGUGAAAAGAGUGCGCUCGAUAUAUGCGGAACACACGAAAACUAAUUAUUUCUAUUAUUCUUAAAAUCGUGAAAAAUAAUGUAGUUAAGGUAGUUAACAAAAUGCAGAAAAAUAAUAAGUUGCAAAUUAUCGAGUUACAAUGUUUUCGUCGAAGGUUUUUAUGUAAAUAGACUGUUAUGUUAGGGGUUUUUGUAGUAUAAGUGUAAUAUUUUUACUGGUACAUGACAACAUAAGUUGAAAAUGUACAGGACUGCCUUAUACUUUACUGUCUGCUCAAUUUGGCUAUGCCAAAUUAUUACAGGAGUCCUCUCAUUGAAAUGCAAAUGUGAUCUAUGUAAAGACAAAAAUUACACAUGCAUCACAGAUGGAUACUGUUACACUUCAGCCACUCUUAAGGAUGGUGUUAUCUUAUAUAAUUACAGGUGUCUGGAUCUCAAUUUUCCAAUGCGGAAUCCCAUGUUUUGCCAUAAACAAAUCCCCAUACAUCACGAAUUUACUUUGGAAUGCUGCAAUGACAGGGAUUUCUGCAAUAUUCGUCUUGUACCCAAAUUAACACCCAAAGAUAACGCUACAUCGGACACGUCGUUGGGUACUAUAGAAAUAGCAGUUGUAAUAAUUCUUCCUACGCUCGUUAUUUGCAUUAUAGCGAUGGCUAUUUAUCUGUAUUAUCAAAACAAACGAAGUACGCAUCAUCAUUUAGGUUUAGGGGAUGAUAGCAUCGAAGCCCCCGAUCAUCCCAUUUUGAACGGCGUCAGUUUGAAGCACAUGAUCGAAAUGACGACUAGUGGUAGUGGAUCUGGAUUACCUUUGUUGGUACAGAGGAGUAUUGCUCGCCAAAUUCAGUUGGUGGAAAUUAUUGGGCAGGGUAGAUAUGGGGAGGUGUGGAGAGGUCGUUGGAGGGGAGAAAAUGUCGCUGUGAAAAUAUUCAGCUCUAGAGAAGAAAGGUCUUGGUUUAGGGAGGCUGAAAUUUAUCAGACAGUUAUGUUACGUCAUGAUAAUAUUUUAGGUUUUAUUGCAGCUGAUAAUAAAGGAGUCCUCUCAUUGAAAUGCAAAUGUGAUCUAUGUAAAGACAAAAAUUACACAUGCAUCACAGAUGGAUACUGUUACACUUCAGCCACUCUUAAGGAUGGUGUUAUCUUAUAUAAUUACAGACAACUAGGAGCCAGUCUAAAUCGAUUUANCGUAUACGCUUUAGGGCUAAUAUUUUGGGAAAUAUCAAGACGGUGUAAUGUUGGUGGUAUUUAUGAUGAGUACCAAUUGCCGUUUUAUGAUGCCGUACCCUCAGAUCCUACCAUUGAGGAAAUGAGAAGGGUGGUUUGUGUUGAACGCCAAAGGCCUAGCAUACCGAACCGUUGGCAAAGUUGUGAAGCGUUGCAUGUCAUGAGUAAGUUGAUGAAAGAAUGCUGGUAUCAUAACGCCACGGCCAGACUGACCGCUUUGAGGAUUAAAAAGACUCUUGCCAACUUCAGAGCGUCGGAAGAAUUGAAAAUGUGAAGUCAGAGAAACGAGUGCUUUACGUAAGAAAUUGUUUUAGUUCAUAUAUUUCAAAUAACCUAUCCUACUUUCCUUGACAUAAAUACAUCCUCUCCUAUUUUCAUUUAACUUACUUAGAGACUCAUUAAUUUUUGAUACUGCUCUUAUAACGACCCAACAGUUUAGUUAAGUGCAGUUAGUAGAAUAUUAGAUUAUGAAUUAGGGGAACCCUGGUUAAAUUAAAUUCGGGUUAAAUUGAAUUUCUGUGUUUUUUUAAAUAUAAAUAAUAUUUAGUUUACAUAUACAUACUUCUCAUAAAGUU